AUGUCAUUAGAAGAGGAAUCUUAUAAAGAGUUCAAUAUUCAAGAUUAUGACGAUAUUACUCCAAUGACAAUUGAGUCGAGUCUCGGUAAUGAUGAAUUAUGCAAGAUUCUAUAUACCGAUGAAUAUAAACAAUUGAUGGGUUUGGCUAGAUCUAUGUUAUCUAAUAAUGAAUUAAGUGUAAGAGCAUUCAGGUUAACAAGUCAGCUAAUCAAUUUGGUUCCUGCAUUUUAUACAAUUUGGAACUACCGUUUCAAUAUUUUGUCUCAUUUGAUUUAUCAUAAACAAAUUGUAGAUUCUAGUUCUGACUUUUUCAUAAUGAAGGAGUUGGAUUGGUUGGAUCAAGUCACUUUAAACAACCCUAAAAACUACCAAAUUUGGUCUUAUAGACAGUCUAUCUUAACUAAAUUAAUAAAGGAACAACCUUCACUAAAACACGAAUUACCCAUAAUUGAGAUAAUGUUGAAUGAUGAUACCAAAAAUUAUCAUGUGUGGUCGUAUAGAAAAUGGGUGGUCAAAUUAAUUGGCGAUUAUACAAAUGAAUUAAGUUUCGUCAAUAACAUGAUUGAUAGAGAUGUUUACAAUAACAGUGCAUGGAACCAUAGAAUGUUUUACCUAAAACAGAUCCGCCCAGAUCCUUUAUUUCUCUCGCAGGAACUUGACUACGUUAAAACUAAGAUUUCAUUGGCACCACAAAAUGUAAGCUCAUGGAAUUAUCUACAUGGAUUACUAAACAUCUUACCAUCAAAUCAAUUGAAUGAUACCAAUAAUAAUAGCAACGACAAUAUUGAAACUUUUAUCUCGCAAUUUCUAUCGAAUUUACCACUAAAUUCAAAAGUGAGGGAUAUCUCGAGUUUGCCAGAUAUUCAAUCUUCAUAUGCAUUAGAGUUUUUAGCUGAUAUAUAUGCACUGAAGGGUGAAAGACAGAUGUCUGAGUUAUGUUAUAAAUACCUUUCAAUCAAAUAUGACCCUAUUAGAAAGAAUUACUGGAAUCAUAAAAUUAAAUUAUUAUCAGCCUAA